UUUGUAGCCAAGCUUGUUCUAUUACGUUUGUAUAAGAGGUUGUGAGGUGGGAUCAAAUUCCAUUAGAGACACUUUGAUGUUGGGAGAUUCCCUUAUCCUUCCCCCUCACUUCUAAAGUGUCUAGCCCACUAAUCUUGAUCGGGUGAACCUGUGACAUUCCGAUCCAAUAGGAUUCUUCUCCUUGCAAAAAAAAAAAAAAAAAAAAAAAAAAAAAAAAAAAAAAAAAAUUUGUAGCCAGCUGAGAGUUGAACUACAAAAUUCACAAACCGCCCAAACUUGACCACUACACGACAGAUGUCUUAACCUAGUUGGAUUACAAAAUUCACAAACUCCCCACAUUCCUGCCACGUGUAACUCCGCGGGUCCACGUAAGACCUGGCUUCACCUGGCCGGCGGGAACCCCUCAAUUUUCCACGAUUAAAAAAUUAAAACAAAUUAAAAAAAAAAAAAAAAAAACCUUUUUACAUUCUUCAACUUCCUCAAUUAUCGCAACUUUUUCCUGCAAUUCUGAAAAAGUUUUCCCAGAAUUUCCGAUCCUUUUUUUAAUCAAAUCCCCCAAAUUUGUUCCUUGUUUGGGAGGAUUGAUUGAAGAGGAAAAAGGGGAAAUUGGGGAGGAGAGAGAAAAUCGAGAUGAGCUUCCAAGAUCUUGAAGCGGGUCGUCGGCCAUUGGCGUCGAGACGUGAUUUGAUAAAUGCAAACCAAGACUCAACUCAGUCCGUCGCUUCUGGAAUCUUCCAGAUUAAUACCGCUGUUUCUUCUUUUCAACGCCUUGUUAAUACCCUAGGCACCCCCAAAGACACCCUUCAACUUCGUGAAAAACUCCACAAAACAAGGUUACAUAUUGGGCAAUUAGUAAAGGACACUUCAGCUAAACUCAAGCAAGCAAGUGAGGCUGAUCAUGACAGUAAUAUCAGUGCAAACAAGAAGAUAGCUGAUGCUAAACUUGCAAAAGAUUUCCAAGCAGUUUUGAAGGAGUUCCAGAAGGCUCAACGUCUUGCAGCAGAGCGGGAAACAGCAUAUACCCCUUUUGUUCCUCAGGCUGUUCUUCCUUCUAGUUACACAGCUAGUGAAGUUGAUGUGAAUUCAGAUAAGACGCCGGAGCAGCGGGCUCUUCUUGUGGAAGCUAGAAGACAAGAUGUGUUACUGUUGGACAAUGAGAUAUCUUUUAAUGAAGCUGUCAUUGAGGAAAGAGAGCAAGGAAUACAGGAAAUUCAGCAGCAAAUUGGUGAGGUAAAUGAGAUCUUCAAAGAUCUUGCAGUGCUUGUCCACGAUCAAGGAGCUAUGAUUGAUGAUAUUGGGUCCAAUGUUGAGAAUGCUCAUGCAGCCACUGCACAGGCGAGAUCCCAUCUCGGAAAGGCAUCCAAAACCCAGAGAUCGAAUUCAUCACUGACCUGCUUGCUCUUGGUAAUCUUUGCGAUCGUUCUCCUGGUUGUUCUUAUAGUCAUUGUAGCAUAAGGAGGAAGGAGUGGAACAUUUCCUCUUUGCAUGAGCUGAAAAGGUUUCUUGUCUGGAGAGAUUCAAAGUUUCCAUUCUCUCUUCCUUUUCUUCCCCAUGUUGCCUUGUAUGUAUGGUUGUUGGAAGCAGGGACAUAAGAAAGAUUGGUGGGACUGUGUUAUGCUAUCAAUUGCAGGCUUAGGUGAUUGUUGCAACACUUUCAGGUCGCUUGGCAUGUAAACUGGAUGCAGGGGAGUUUUGAGCUGUUUCUAGUUGAAUUUGGUUGGGUUGUCUAUGUAUUCUGUAAGUUGUGACUUGCUGUCCAACUACAUCUCUCUUUUUUAUCAUCCUUUCAGUUUAAUUCAUAAUUCUUUUUUUUUUGCUAUUUUCCCUUAAAAAAAAGAAAAGAAAAAGGUCCGUGUUAUUUGGCUGAAAAUUUCUUGUCAAAUUGUCUAUUUUUUGGGAUUGGCUUGUGCGGAUGCAUAUAAUUUCCCUGUUUUUUUCUUGAAGAGUGUCACAUGAAGUGAGAAACUUAUUAUCGCAGUAUCGCUGGUCAGUUUAUAUCUGAACCUUUGUUAGUUUGUUACUAUAUAAUCAACAUUAUGUUGCAUCUCUUUGGUUGCAGAACCCUAUUGACAUUGUAUAAAUGUAUCAUAAGCAAGUGUAAAGGUAUAAAAAGUCGCAGAUUUAUCGCUCA